ACGGUGCUUCUUCACCACCAUAGCAAGUUAGCAACCAUUUCCAUCGCGCAAAUCCGGAAGAUGCUGAGGAGGAAACCAAGUAUGCUCGAAGUCAAAAUCGAAGACAAAGAAGAACUCGAAGAAUCUCGCAAGCGUGCCUCCGCCGCCACCACCACCUUCAAUCCCACCGGCGCUACCUCUCUCCUCCACCACUUCAACAACUCCUCCUCCUCGGCCACCACUUCCAAAUCUCAGCGCAUAGGCCUCUCCUCUUAAUAAUCCACUCAAACCCCCUAAACUCGUAGUCGAUAGUUUUUUCAUUUUUGUUCUUGCAGUUUCUGUGAAUCCCUUUACCGAUCCAAAACCCUAAUCCAGAAUGGAAGUUGAAGUGAAGCUCCGCAUACCCGAUUCCGAAACGUACAAAACCCUAAUUUCUCUCCUCUCCCCUUUCCACAUCAGAACCCACAACCAACACAACAAUUUCUUUGACGGCGUCGCCGGUCAACUCUCAUCCCAGCGCGCAGUCCUCCGCAUCCGCUUCUACAACGACCAACCCACCACUAAAUGCAUCAUUUGUCUCAAAGCAAAAGCCGUACUAGUAAACGGAGUGAGCAGAGUCGAAGAAGACGAAGAAGAACUCGAUCCAACAAUUGGCCAAGAAUGUUUAACUGACCCAAACCGUUUAGGAUCUCUGGUCGAAUCCUCAAGAAUCAUGAAAAGGGUCAAAGAUGAAUUUUUUGGUGAAAUCAACGAUGUUGAAGGGCUAGGGUUUGUGUGUUUGGGUGGAUUUAAGAAUCUAAGAAAUGUGUAUGAGUGGAAAGGGUUGAUGAUUGAAGUGGAUGAAACAAGUUUCGAUUUUGGUACACUGUAUGAGAUUGAGUGUGAGAGCACUGAGCCUGAGAAAGCUAAAGAACUGAUCGAGGAGUUCUUGAAGGAGAAUGGGGUUUCUUAUUCCUAUUCAGUCGCUUCAAAAUUUGCCAUUUUUCGAUCUGGGAAGUUGCCAUAGUAAGUUAAAUUCUUCAAUUUACAUGUUUACUACGUUCUUGAAUGAGUUCAUGGAUAUGUAUUUCUGGUUUUAAAUUGUUUCCUGAAAUAAUAAUGUGUUCGUUUCUCUUAA